GCACCAGUUUCCAAAUCCAGGCCAACUCAAAUCCCUUUCUUGUGCCUCCUUGUUGCCCCUGGACUUGUGGAGUGCAUUGAACUGCGCAAGGCAUCAUUGCAACACAUUCGGACUCUGCGGAAAACUUGAUAUUCCGGUUUAUGAUCCCUUCUGGGACCAACAACCUGUUAGCUUCUACAAUUUCAUGAAAAAAUCAUGUUUACUGGACCAGAUUCUUUUUAAAGGAUGCCUCGCAGGGGUUUUAAAUUACCUGUUUUUUUGGGAGAAACUUGAAUUGAUUGUUCUCCAGGAAAUAAAAAUCCCAAAUGGAUAAAAAGAAGGAGGAUAUGUUUAAUAAACAUGUGAUCGAGGGAGAGCCCUAUUUCCACCUGGCACACCGAGGUGUGGCACAAAGGUCUUUGAGUCAGCAUCGGGGUUGGCACAUCCGCCUGACGAAAGAGCCGCAGAUCCCGUGGUUUGAGCAACAGACGCUGAAAAGGCGAAAGCGAAGGGUGAUGGACGUCACCGUUGUGCCCACUGAUCCUUGGUUUCACAAACAGUGGUAUAUGAACAAUGACGUGCUUCCAGACCUCAACGUCCUCAGUGUCUGGAGCCACGGAUACACGGGCGCUGGCGUGGUGGUGAGCAUUCUUGAUGACGGCAUUGAGAAAGACCAUCCGGACCUCAUGGCCAACUACGAUCCCAUGGCAAGUUAUGACUUCAACGACAAUGAUCCAGACCCUCAACCGCGAUACAAUGCUUGGGAUGAGAACAGGCAUGGGACACGUUGCGCGGGCGAAGUAGCUGCAACUGCCAACAAUGACAUCUGUGGGGCUGGCAUCGCUUAUGGAGCCAAAAUCGGGGGGGUGAGGAUGCUGGACGGCACCGUGACGGAUAUUGUGGAGGCCCAGUCCUUGAGCCUGCGUCCGCAGCACAUUGACAUCUACAGCGCCAGCUGGGGCCCAGAGGAUGAUGGGAAAACCGUGGAUGGCCCUGGGUUUCUGGCCACAGAAGCCUUCCGCAAGGGGGUGCUCAACGGCCGUGGUGGGCUGGGUUCCCUCUUCAUCUGGGCCUCAGGGAAUGGAGGCCUUCGCCGCGAUAACUGCAACUGUGAUGGCUAUACCAACAGCAUCUACACCUUAUCCGUGGGCAGCACCACCGAGAGCGGGCGGGUGCCCUGGUACAACGAGGCCUGUGCCUCCACCCUCACCACCACCUACAGCAGCGGGGCGAAGGGCGAGAAGCAAAUAGUGACCACGGACCUGAGGCACACCUGUACUAGCAGCCACACGGGAACCUCAGCCUCAGCUCCUCUGGCAGCUGGCAUGAUCGCACUUGCUCUGGAGGCCAACCCAACCCUGACCUGGCGUGACAUGCAGCACCUCGUGGUGAGAGCAUCCAGGCCAGCCCGCCUCCAGGCAGAUGACUGGGCCACAAACGGCGUGGGGCGCAAAGUGAGUCACUAUUAUGGAUACGGACUCUUGGAUGCUGGGCAGUUGGUAGCUUUGGCGAAAACAUGGAACAUGACUCGGCUGCAAAGAAAAUGCCCCAUCAGGAUUGUCCACCAGCUGCUGAGGAUUGGAUCCAGGCUGACCAUCUCUAAAAACAUCACCUCGGCCUGCCUUGGGAGAACUCGCAGGAUCCGUUCCCUCGAACACGUCCAGGUCCAACUCUCUCUCCGCUACAGCCGGCGGGGAGACCUCGCCAUUUCGCUCAUCAGCCCCAUGGGGACGCGCUCUGUCUUAGUGGCGGUCAGGCCUUAUGACACCAGCAGCCAGGGCUACAGGGACUGGUCCUUCAUGUCCACGCAUUAUUGGGAUGAGGAUCCACAGGGAAUCUGGACCCUCCUGCUGGAGAACAAAGGCGAUGCCUAUAACACAGGAUUCCUUGACAGCGUUGUCUUAAAACUGUAUGGGACGGACGAGAACAUGAUGGCGAGGCAGACCCCCACCUCAGUGGGCAGUGGGUGUGUGAGGCGAAACCCCGAUGGGAGCUGCCGAGAAUGCCUCAGCCCGUUGUUUGCCUUCCAGCAUCUCUGCCUCUCCUACUGCCCCCCCAGGUACUAUGGGCUCUCCCAGCCAUCCCUGUCUCCAGGAGGCUCCAUCCGGGUCUGCGCCCCCUGCUCCGCGUCCUGCUACACCUGCCAGGGAGGAGCGGCCAACGACUGCUCUGCCUGCCCACCCUUCAGCACUUUCGACCAGCCAACCCACACCUGCCUCCGGCACCCAGGAUACCCACUCCUGACCCCUGCUGGGAGGUUUGCCCAGGGGCCUGCCCGGCUGCUUGUCCCAGCUGUGGUCGCCCUUUUGAUCUUUGGGGGGCUCGCCUACCUGGUGGCCCGCUUGGUGGCCCUCAAGGGCCAGCGGCAGAAGAAACAAGACCGGGCCAAAGGGGUGUCCAAAGCCAGCUUGGGGCUCCUGUGUUUCCACCAAGCACAGGCUGAGGAGGAGCUUAUGGAACCGUCCCAGGACCCUUUGCCUUGA